AGAAAGGGUAGAAAAUGGUGGGUUCAUUGUAGUUUCUCUAAUUGCCGACAGUGAUCGCACUGAAACUUCCUACAAUAUACAAAAUCUGGUAGGUGGUUUGAUUCAGAUCAACUAUAAAUAGUUCCCAGGUUUAGCAUUCUUCCAUCUUUCACUGCAAUUCCUCUAUUUUCUUUUCUACCAAACAAAACCGUGCUUGUCAAAUAUGGCUUCUACUUCAUCUUUAGCCUUCUCCUGUAAAACUACCUAUGAUGUUUUCCUUAGCUUUAGGGGAAUUGAAACUCGUCACAAUUUUACUAGUCACCUUUAUGCUGCCCUUUGCCGGAAAAAUAUUACAACAUUCAUAGACGAUAUCCUUGAGAGAGGAGAAGGGAUCUCGCCAGCGCUCAUGAAAGCGAUUGAAGAAUCCAAGAUUUCUGUAGUAAUUUUCUCAGAAAAUUAUGCAUCCUCUCGAUGGUGCCUAGAUGAACUAGUGAAGAUAAUUGACUGCGAGAAAAAAUUAGGGCGAAAGGUUUUACCCAUUUUCUACCGUGUAAAUCCUUCCGAUGUUAGAAAACAGACUGGGAAAUUUGGAGAAGCAUUUGGGAAAGUCAAAGAAAAUUCAAAUCACAGCUUAGACGUUGUGGAGAAGUGGAGCACAGCUUUGACGAAAGCAGGCAAUCUAUCUGGAUGGGUUUUCAGCGACUCCAGGCCUGAAUCCCAACUAUGUGAAGAAGUCGCUGAUCACAUUCUGGAGAAAUUGUAUCCCAUCUCGUUUACUGCUUCUACUGGCUUAGUUGGGAUUGAUUCACAUGUUGAUAAAAUUAUGUCAUUGUUAUGUAUUGAGCCAACAAACAUUCGGGUAAUAGGAAUUUGGGGAAUGGGUGGUAUUGGAAAGACCACCAUAGCUGAAAUUCUAUUUAGUCGAAUAUGCAAUCAAUUUGAUUGCUUUUGCUUUCUUCCCAAUGUUAGGGAAAAAUCAGAAAAAUAUGGGCUAGUUGAUUUAAGAAAAAGCUUUUUUUCCGAACUCUUGGGGAUUGAAAUUAGAAAUCUAGAUAUGCUCAGUGUGGUACCCACUGUCAUUAAGGAUUCACUUAAUAGGAAGAAAGUUCUUGCUGUUCUUGAUGAUGUUAAUGAUCCAGAGCAACUAGAAGCUUUAGCUAUAAAUGAUGAUGAUUGUUUUGGGCUGGGAAGUAGAAUCAUUUUAAUAAGCAGAGACAAGCAUGUCCUUAGCAGUGCUAAAAAGAUAAAUGAGGUUAAGGUAUAUGAGGUUAAGGGAUUGGAUUGUAGCGAUGCUCUUCAGCUGUUAAGUAUGAAAGCCUUCAAACAAAACCAUCCUCCGGUGGAAUAUAGAGAGUUGUCCAAAAGGGUAGAAACUUAUUGUAAAGGUGUUCCACUAGCUCUCAAGGUUUUGGGUUCCUAUUUGUGCGGAAGGACUUCUAAAGAAUGGGAAAGUGCAUUGAAUAAACUGAAGGUAUCUCCUGACUACAACAUUCUGAAAGUCUUAAAAGUAAGUUAUAAUGCUUUAGAUCGAAUGGAAAAAAGCAUAUUUCUAGAUAUUGCAUGUUUCUUCAAAGGAUAUGACAAAAGCUGGGUAGAAGAUAUAUUAGAUGAUUGGGUGAUAAUUCGUCUAAUGGAUAAGUGUCUCAUAACUAUCGUGGAUGACAAGUUAGAGAUGCACGAUUUGAUAGUGGAAAUGGGUCAAGAUAUUGCUCGGCGGAAGGGUAACCGAUUAUGGAUUUCUACAGAUAUCUGUCAAAUGUUGGCCACAAAUGAUAAUAAGGCAAAGAAAGUAGUUGAAGGCCUAUUUUUGGACAUCUCUACAAUUGGAAGGGUAUAUUUGAAUCCUGCCGUGUUCUCAAGAAUGCACAACUUGAGAUUGCUCAAAUUUUACGGGAGUUCCUGGUUAAAGAAGGAAGGUACUGGCUCCAUAUUUGAAUCUAGCGGAUCAGAUUGUCUAAAAAGUCUUCCUAACAAGUUGAGAUUACUUCAUUGGGAAGAAUACCCUUUCAAGUCUUUGCCAUUAAAUUUUUCCAUGGAAAACCUUGUCCGCCUCAUCAUGCCAUGUAGCGAAGUUGAAGAGCUCUGGAAUGGAUCUACGUGUUUGCCAAACUUAAAAUCUCUUGAUCUUAAUUGCUCAGAGAAUCUGAAAAUAGUCCCUGAUUUUUCUAUGAUGACAAGCCUGGAAGUGAUAAAUUUUGAUGGUUGUGAGAGUUUGAUUGAGAUUCCAUCAUCCAUUCAGUGCCUGGAAAGACUCCGUUUUCUUGAUAUAGGUCAGUGCAAAAAGUUGAUAAGUCUUCCACAAAUGCCGAGAGGCAUAAAAUAUUUAUAUCUCAAUUAUUCUGGAGUGGAAGAGUGGUCUCCGUCAUCUAUCCAAUUUCUUGACAAUCUUCGGUUCUUAAAUAUUUCCCAUUGCGAAAACCUUAGAAGUCUUCCAAGAAUUAUAUAUUGCAAUACUUUAACACUUGAUAUUAGUUUCUGCCCAAAUCUCAUCAUGGCUCCGCAGAUUAUGGAAAUGCUCAACGGUCUCCCAAAUAGCACUUGCGAAUGGAAAGGCUCUGAGAUUCUGAGUCUCCGUGGCUGUUCAAAUCUUGAGAAAUUGCCUCCCUUAUUUGGUUUACUCUCUUUACGAUAUCUAUAUCUAGAUGGCACUGCACUUGUAGAAAUUCCCCCUGACAUUGUUUCUUUGUCAUCAUUAGAAGUACUGUCUCUAAGUGAUACUCCAAUGGAAGAAUUGCCGUCAUCAAUUGGUUGUCUCUCUUCACUUGUUAGUUUGUAUUUGAAGAGAUGUAAAAACCUUAAGAGUCUCCCAAACAGCAUUUCUGAAUUGAAAUGUCUUGGGACUCUACAUCUCAGUGGCUGUUCAAAUCUAGAGAAAUUGCCUCCUUUAUAUGGUUUAUGCUCCUUAAACGGGAUAUAUCUAGAUGGCACUGCACUUGUAGAAAUUCCCCCUGACAUUGUUUCUUUGUCAUCAUUAAAAGUACUGUCUCUAAGUGAUGCUCCAAUGGAAGAAUUGCCGUCAUCAAUUGGUUGUCUCUCUUCACUUGGUCGUUUGAAUUUGCAGAGAUGUAAAAAGCUUAAGAGUCUCCCAAACAGCAUUUGUGAAUUGAAAUGUCUUAAGACUCUACAUCUCAGGGGCUGUUCAAAUCUAGAGAAAUUGCCUCCUUUAUAUGGUUUAUGCUCUUUACGAGAUCUAUAUCUAGAUGGCACUGCACUCGUAAAAAUUCCCCUUGACAUUUUCUCUUUAUCAUCAUUGGGAGUAUUGUUUCUAAAUGAUACUCCAAUAGAAGAAUUGCCGUCAUCAAUUGGUUAUGAAUUGAAUUUUUGUAAUUGCGUAAAUUUGGACCAAAAUGCACGUGGCACCAUUAUGGCAGAUGCUGUCCAGAGAAUUAAAGAAUUAGCCAUUGCUAGAAGUUAUCCUUGUUUUUUGGUUGGUUUACCCGGAAGCAAAAUGCCUGAGUGGUUGAGCUGUGAAGGCCCAGGAUAUUUAAUAGAAACUUCAUUCCCUCCUGGUUGCUUCAAUAAUAUGUUCCUGGGUUUUGUUUUUUGUGCUAUUCUAGAAUUCAAGGCUCCUGUUAUGUAUCCUCUACACUUAACAUGUCAAAGCAGGUUCAAAAACAAUAAUGGCUACAUAGGCGCCAGAUUUACAAGUGAAUAUUUCUAUUUGGAAAAUACCAUAGAAUCAGAUCAUGUGAUCUUUUGGUACAAUGGCAAUGACAUUUACUUUUUAGAUUGGCUCAAACAAAAUUGUGACAUGGAGAACGAGGCAUCAUUCUACCUCGAGCCUGAGCCUGAGAAUGUGUAUAUGAAACAGGGGAAAGUGAAAAGGUUUGGGUUUCACUUGUUAUAUGACAAAGUUGAGCUAAACAAAUGCAAUCCUUGCAUAUGCAGAGAAGCCAAUUUUCUGGAGCAAUUAGAAGAAACAGCAAAUGCCAACAAUAAGAGAAGCAGGGAAGACUUCUACUCCAGUAAUAUCAAUGGCAACCAAGAGGUGGAAACACACCCUAAAAGAUUGAGGCCAAACUUCUUUAUGGAAGAUUACUUUUCAAAUGCUCAGGAUAGGAUUAACUACGAUGCUACUAUGGUUCCUUCAAGUUCUUCAUGUGAAUUUGCUCCCAAAUUCUACAAAUUUCUUUGAAAUUCGUCCCUACUAAUUGUGGAUAACUUGGGUUUGCGGCUCUCUUUCCCUCAAGCUGCGUUGACAUCUUCCAAAUCUGGUCAUCAACUUUCUGAUCUGUCGGAUCUCAUUUGUUUUGGGCAUCAACUUUCUGAUCUGGCGAGUCUUACGAGCCCAUCUCUCGCGACUUCAGUGGCGUCUUCCAGACUAACUCUACGCCAACCCCGGCCUUCUCCAUCUCGCCUCUUCCAUUUCUCUUCUUCACUCAACGAUUCAGAAGCCCUAUGGUUUUAGUAGCCUCCAAUUUCUCCCUCUCUUGCACAAACUUAAUUAGCGACUAUAAGUCUUCCAUUUCAGCUCAUUGUGUUCAAUUCUGGCCUGAUCCUCCAAAUGAGAUAUUGAGUUUCCUCACGGCAGAUGCAGUGGUAGUGACUCUAUGUUAACUCAGGAACGAAGCGCUUUGGAAUUCUAAUCAGAUUACAAGCACUGCUUCCUCCUUCCUUCAUCAGUGAUUAGCUGCCCAAGUUAGUGACCAUCCAUCCUAUUUUGACUACUCUUCGACAGUUUCUGUGGCUGAUUUGUUGAAAUGGCACAAGCCUGCUUCGGGAUUCUUGAAAUGCAAUACAGAUGCUUCCUCCCGUCUGCAUCAUAACAAAAUUGAGCAGGUUGGGUUCUUUGUGAUUGGAGAGGACAGCUGAUUAAGGCUUGCUAAAUUGAGCUUCUUGGUCCACCUGAUCCGAAAAUCGCUGAAGCUCUCUCUCCAAGAAGUUCUUAGCUUGAUUGAUGAAAGGGGCAUGCAUAUCACCUAAUUUAUUAACUUAUUCAACCUUGAUUGAAUGCUGAUGUUGUUCCUUAUCCUGCACUUAUGGAUGCCCAGUGCAAGAAUUGUUAAGUGAAAUCUGCUGUGACUUUAUUUGAUGAGAUAACUAAGUAGGGAAUCAAGCCUAAUGUUGUCACUUAUAAGGCAACUCAAGAAAAUUACAGUGGCAAGCAGGAAAUUUUGUCCAUCUUCCAUACUUGCAGUUGGGUAAAAUGCAGCAAUUGUUGUCGUUUUCUAUAAUAAGAUUACUGCCAUGUUGUGAAUGUUUAAAAAUGAGAACAUGCAAUAUUUACACUGUAAUUUUGGUGCAUUUGCAUCUAAGGAAAAUUACAGGAAAAGUACUCCUGUAAUUUUAAUAUUAUUUUAAGUUCAGAAUUAGCAGGGUUAA